ACACUAUAAGCCCUAGUGUCAACUACUCACUCACCCACCAACCAAACCUGAAACCCCUCAACGAGAAACACAUUUCUUCUUUCAGCUUCCUUUCACUUCUACGCCCUUCUGAGGAAAAACCAUCUUCCAUUUUGACUGAAAAUGGCUUCCACCAAUGCUAUCUCCUCUGCUUCCGUCCUCCCUUCGAAACAAGGUGGGUUGAAGAGUAGGAGAGUGAACCAAUUGCAGCAGGGGCAGAAGUUUGGGCAGAAGCCAUCCAAGAAUCGGUUUGUGGUGAGGGCUAAUGCUAAGGAGAUCGCUUUUGAUCAGAGGUCGAGGUCUGCAAUGCAGUCCGGUAUCGACAAACUUGCUGAUGCUGUUGGCCUCACUCUUGGUCCCAGGGGGAGGAAUGUCGUCUUGGAUGAGUUUGGGGCCCCAAAGGUGGUCAAUGAUGGAGUGACAAUUGCACGGGCCAUAGAGUUGCCUGAUGCUAUGGAAAAUGCUGGUGCUGCGUUGAUUAGGGAGGUUGCUAGCAAGACAAAUGAUUCUGCUGGUGAUGGGACUACUACUGCAUCUGUUCUUGCCCGUGAAAUGAUCAAACUUGGCCUUCUGAGUGUUAGCUCUGGUGCCAACCCAGUUUCAAUUAAGAAGGGCAUUGAUAAAACUGUGCUGGGUUUGGUUGAUGAGCUUGAAAAGAAAGCCAGACCUGUCAAGGGUCGGGAUGAUAUUAAAGCCAUCGCCUCCAUCUCUUCUGGGAAUGAUGAGAUCAUUGGCACAAUGAUUGCUGAUGCAGUUGACAAGGUUGGACCUGAUGGUGUAUUAUCCAUUGAGUCAUCGUCUUCCUUUGAGACAUCUGUUGAUGUAGAAGAAGGAAUGGAGAUUGAUAGAGGAUAUAUCUCUCCACAAUUUGUGACCAACCCUGAGAAGCUCAUUGUUGAAUUUGAAAAUGCAAGGAUAUUAGUUACGGACCAGAAGAUUUCAGCAAUCAAGGAUAUCAUUCCCUUGCUAGAGAAGACCACUCAAAUAAGAGCACCUUUGCUCAUUAUUGCUGAAGAUGUCACUGGCGAGGCUUUGGCUACUCUGGUUGUAAACAAGCUCCGGGGAGUCUUGAAUGUGGCUGCCAUCAAAGCGCCAGGGUUUGGAGAAAGAAGAAAAGCACUUCUUCAAGAUAUUGCAAUUUUGACUGGAGCUGAGUAUCAAGCUACUGAUUUGGGCUUACUUGUGGAAAAUACUGAUUUGGACCAGUUGGGUAUAGCUAGAAAGGUAACCAUCACCAAGGACUCUACAACCAUCAUUGCUGAUGCUGCAUCGAAGGAUGAGCUACAAACUAGGAUUGCUCAACUUAAGAAGGAAUUGGCUGAGGCGGAUUCUGUUUACGACUCUGAGAAACUUGCCGAAAGAAUUGCCAAAUUAUCUGGUGGAGUUGCUGUAAUCAAAGUUGGUGCAGCAACAGAGACUGAGCUUGAAGAUCGUAAACUUCGUAUUGAAGAUGCCAAAAAUGCGACUUUUGCUGCCAUUGAGGAAGGCAUUGUACCUGGUGGUGGUGCUGCAUUAGUUCACCUCUCAACUUAUGUUCCUGCAAUCAAGGAUAAGCUUGAAGAUGCAGAUGAGCGAAUUGGCGCUGAUAUCAUACAAAAGGCGCUAAUUGCACCAGCAUCCUUGAUUGCACAAAAUGCUGGGGUUGAAGGUGAGGUGGUCGUGGAGAAAGUGAAGGCAAGUGAAUGGGAGUUCGGUUACAAUGCAAUGAGUGAUAAGUUUGAGAACUUGGUAGAAACUGGAGUGAUUGACCCGGCGAAGGUGACCAGAUGUGCACUGCAAAAUGCAGCUUCUGUUGCUGGAAUGGUGCUCACUACACAAGCCAUUGUUGUGGAAAAACCUAAGCCUAAAAAACCUGCUGCCGCUGCUCAGCCCGGCGCUGGAGUUUAUUGAGCAUAGUCAUAUUGUCUUAGUUUCUUAUAGAAAAUUUUUGGGAUUGUUCACUAGCACAUAAGCUGGGGAAGGGGGGGGCAGUUGUUUUAUUUGAGCUGAGGAAUUAUUUAGUAUCACUCUUAUUUGUCUUUAAGGUGGAAAUGUGUUAGCUGAAGGUGAUAAGAAUGUUUCGGUUGAAGGAUUCAAAGAGAAUGGUAAUUUCAUGAUCGUAAAAUGAACUUAUAAUAAA